UGGUACCAUAAUACCGGCCUUCAGCUUAGACUGGGCACCGACAACCGCGAACGAAACGACAAAUCAAAGCACAAUCUAAUCGAAAAAAAAAUACUAGUUUUAUUGACGCGGACUUUAUACUUUUUUAGUAGUGUUUUAAGCGAUUCGGUAAUAGACGUUUGUGUGGUGAAUGUAAAAAAUGGACGAAGAAACUGGAGAAAGCGACUACAAGUUUCAGAUAUCUAAGAAUGCUGAAACUGGCGAAGAAGAGUAUGUGACUUAUUGUUUGGAUGAGGAAACUGGUGAGAAGCUUUAUUGCACUAUUGAUAAGAUUUGUGAGAGUUUCCAAAUGCCAAACCCAUUUAAAAUUACCAGAUAUGCAACUCAUUUGACUGCAAUAGUCCGUCACAGAAAUGACAAAUCCAAAAAAAGCUCAGAAAGACGCAUGGAAUUCAUGACAGCAAUAGUUUUUCUGAUACCGACAUUCAUAAUCUUCACCCCUCUAUUGGGGGUAAUUAUUUUAACAUUUGACUUCAUUUUGCAUCGUUGGUGUCACAGGCAAAACGCUAAGUUGAGGCACAGAAAUGAUUCUUCGAUUUUCUACCAAAGUCCAUUGCACAUGAUCAACAAGGAGUUUUGUUCGAAAUGUUUGUACGAAGAAGAUGGCAAGAAGAUUCACGCUAUACAAAAUAUUAGAUAUAACAGGAAGCAUAUGGUUAAGGAAUCAUUAAGAAGAGCUGUAGCUUAGUUUUUUUAAUUAUUUUGUUAUUAUUAUUUUUAGCCAAAGAUAAUUAGUCUGAUUAUGUGAUAUACAAAUAUACUUAAUAAGUUGGUGGGGAUAAUUUUAUUAUUCAAUUUCAUUAAUUCUGCCCCAUUUCAGCCUGGAUUUUUUGAUUUCAGUUUUCAACCAACUUGGUACAUCUUUGUCUAUGAACUGAGCAUUGGGGUAAAGUGGUUCAGGUUUAGGUGCCUUAAACGGAUGUAUGUUUUUCAAUUUCCUCAUCAAAAAUUCCUUGUUUAUUUCUUUGGGGUCUCUAUAUUUGUCCAAGUAUAAGUUGAAGGGUUUUCUUUUGGGGUACCAAUCUUGAGGGCGGAUGUAAGGUGCGGGAAAAUCGUAUUCAUAAAUUGGUUCUUUCAUUUUUAAAACAUUAUGGUAGAAGGUUUUUAGGCUCGGGCUCCAAUCUGAUUGGAAAAAUACUAGACCUGCAGGAGUUAUGUUGUCUUGAAGAGUCUUAUAAAAAUCAUAUGUGUUAAAUGUUCUAUCAGUCAAAGUUAAUCCUUGGGUUUUAUAAGGGGAAAAGUCUAAUUUCUUUGAAUGUUUGUAUAAAAUAAAAAUGUGCCUAUGAUAGCCAGUGCCUUUUGGAGGAAAAGGCUGCAAAUAUUCGACAAUAGUUUCCCCAUUUUGGAUUUUAUUUCCAGGUAUGUUG